GGUCUCUCUCUCUCUCUACAAUCCCUUCACUUUGAUUUUCUGUCUUCAAUGCUAACACAUGAUCCUCUACAUGUAAUCCCACCAUACCUUGCUUAAAACCCUUUUGAUCUCUCUCUCGUUCUCACCAUGUCCCAAGGAUCUCCUCUCUCUCCUCCUCCUCCUCCUCCGCUUCCAACCGCCGAACCCUGCAACCAACCCUCGUCGGAACCCGAUACCCACAAGGAGGAAACCACCACCACCACCACCACAAACAACGCCGCCCCUCCUCCCGCCACCACACGGAACCGCCCCUCCCGCGCCUGCACCAUUCGCGCCGCUGCCCGCCUCUAUUCUGCGUCGCAGCAGGAGCGCCGGCCCAAAGCCGCGAAGAAGGAGCAGCGCCGCGAGGUCUCGCCAUCGCCGUCGCCGCAGUCGCAGCAGCUGCAGCAAUGCAGCAAGAUCGUGACUCCGCUGGUGGAACCGCCCCCGCUCUCUCAGUUGCCGCGGUGGAAACUCCGGUCCAUGUGGGAGUUAGCUUCCGUACUCAAUUUCUUGCAUCUAUUUAGGCCUCUUUUGAAUAUAUCAGUAGAAUUCUCGGCUGAAGAAUUCGAGACAGCUCUUCUUACCCCCAAUGACACAUUGAGUGAUAUACAUAUGCCUUUGCUAAAGGCAAUCCCUCCCAUUACACGAAUGGCACUCUCACGUGAUACUUGGGUAACUGUACUAUGCAGAAAACUGAGAGAUUGGUGGCACUGGGUUGCUGAUGGGGAUCUUCCAAUUGUUGCUUCACAUGGGGCGGAGGUUGAAGUAUAUAAAUCACUUGAUCCAGAGGUCCGUGUGGUCAUCUUAAAAGCAUUAUGUGACAUUCGUGUCGAGCAAGAAGAUAUCCGGAGUUACAUUGACAACUCACUCAAACAUGGUGUUCAACUUUCAACAUUCCGUAAGGAGCGUAUUGGUGGUGAUUCACAUGGAGUCUCUUAUUGGUAUGAAGAUGACCCAAUUAUUGGUCAUAGGUUGUAUCGGGAAAUAAGAAAAACUGAAGUGGUUCCACUGAAGAAAGGCAAACCAAGAGGUUCCCAGGUUCUUUCUACUACAUCUUACCAGUGGGAAACAGUUGCUACAAAUUUUGAUGAAUUUCAAGAUGUUUCUGAGAAGCUUUUCUCAAGUAAAAACAGAAUGGAGGCUUCUGUAGGGAAAAAGCUGAAGAUAGACAUGCUUCCUGAAAUCGAGAAAGUUCACAAGAGAAAGGAGAGGUCUCUGAAAAGGCAGCACAGACAAGCUCUUCUUCUUGAUAAUUUCUUGGGUGUUGAUGGACUUGCCCCAGGGCGUUCACUUCGUGAUAGGAAACCUGUUACCUACACUUUUGAUGAUUAUGAUCGAUCCAUCAAUGAGGCAAUCAAGAUAACCAAACGGAAACAACCAUCCCCAGAACCUAUACCCAGGAGAGAAGCAGGAGCAAAACCGGAAGCUUUAACUAAUGGUAAAUGGAGUGGUCCUUCACAUGCUUCUCAACAUCUGAAUUUCGAUGUGACAUCCCCAAAAUCAUCUGACUUUGAUGAUGUGGAGGAAGAUCAUCAAACUGACACAAUGGAUCGAAGCAAUCGGAGAAGACAGAGGCCUAGUCGGUAUUCAGAGAAAGAGUUCGUUGAAGCAGUGUCAGAUAAUGAUGCUGACUUUGACAGUGACGAUGAUAUUGUUGGAGAAGCCGUAUAUGAUGAAGAAUAUCUCCGGAAACGCAAGCAGAGCAGGAAGGGUUCUAGUAGCUCAGCCUCCGAAGGAGAUGAAGAAUAUCACUGGGAUGAAGACAAUGUUGAAGAUGAAGAAGAAGAAGAUGAAGAAGAAGAUUCCUCGAGUGUCAGUGAGGAUAGUGAGAAGCCCCGUAAAUUCAAGCAAUUGCCAGGCCGUACUAGGAGGGAAACUAAACUAAGGUCUGUGGAUGACAUUCAAUCAGGUCUAAGACGCAGUAAGAGAGCAACUAGAAACCGUAUAAACUACCGACAGUAUGAGAUGUCUGAGUCAGAAACAGAGUUUGUUAAACCUGAGAAGUCUAAUAAUGCAUCAGAUGAUCACUCAGAUCCCAGUGAGAAUGGGGAAUAUAUGAUGCAAAGUGAAGAUUCAGAUGACAAUGAUAAUGAAGAAGUGGAAAAGAAAGUAGUUGAGCCUGAUACUUACCCUGCAGUAGGAGAGAACCAAUAUCCUAUUGCUUUAGGAGAGGAGAAUGAACAAAACCAAAACCAGCCUCCUGAAAAAUCAAGUAGUCCGGGUCAGGAGGAAGUUGAGGGCAUGAGAAAGAGACGUUUCCUUGAUUUGAAUGAGCUUGCCCCUGCCUCAGGUUUUGAUGAUAGUCCAAAUACAACAACAAAAGAUGAAGGCAAUGAUGAUUUAUAAAGUUUUCUAUCAGGGAAGCCAAUGUGUAUGAUAAUAGAAAUAUAAAUUUUGUUAUAUGCACCAAAGGAAGAAGUUACGACCUAUUCUCUUCCUAUGGCAAUCUAAGCAGCCAUUGGUGCAUGGUUUGCCACCUGAAGUAGCAUGAUACUGAGUUGUGUAGAUUAGGUAGUCAUUUUUUUUUUUAACUACUUAGUAUUUUCUACAUUCAAAGGGUUUACGAAAAUGAAUGAGAAUUUGUUGGGCGUUAUUUAGCCCAUCCAAUCGAUGUAUAAUAACUGUUAACAAGUACUGUAACUUUAAAUAGA